GCCAGCAGCUGAACCUUGUGUCAAAACACAGAAGGAAAUCAACAGCGGGCAGUGCAACAUCUCUUCUCGAUUUCAGCUUUACCUUUAAUUUACGGAAAGUACUUGUCGACACAAAGUGUUUUUCAUUUACGUCCGCAUACCAUGACCGAACAAUCAGCAUUACUUCUUCGAAAACAACUGGCAGAGCUCAACAAGAAUCCAGUGGAGGGCUUUUCAGCUGGUCUGAUAGAUGAUGAUGAUAUAUACAAAUGGGAAGUUGUGAUCAUUGGUCCACAAGAUACCCUUUUUGAAGGAGGGUUUUUCAAAGCAUAUCUAACCUUUCCCUAUGAUUAUCCACUACGGCCUCCAAAGAUGAAAUUCAUCACUGAAAUCUGGCACCCAAAUGUUGCAAAGAACGGGGAUGUUUGCAUCUCAAUUUUGCAUGAGCCAGGAGAGGAUAAGUUUGGUUAUGAAAAGCCUGAGGAGCGCUGGCUUCCCAUCCACACAGUAGAGACAAUCAUGAUUAGUGUUAUCUCCAUGCUGGCAGACCCCAACAGUGAUUCACCAGCUAAUGUGGAUGCUGCGAAAGAAUGGAGGGAGGACCCUAACGGUGAAUUCAAGAGGAAGGUGGCUCGCUGUGUAAGAAAAAGUCAAGAGAUGGCAUUUGAUUAGGAGUCAAUUGUAAAUUCCAGGUUAAAGGAAAUGCCUUCAGAGGGAAAAUUUCAGCAAAAGGCUUUUGCACCCCUUGUUUUGCCAGUCAAAGGAGUUGGUUGACUUCAACCACAUUUCUUUGAACGGUUGUCAUUUUCCGCAAGAUGAGCCAAUUUGAGAACCCUACCAGCGAAAUUAACCUGUUUCCUACCUGGAAUUGUAUAUUUAAUUUUAUUUAUUUUGAAAAAUUAAUGAUGUAAGAUAUGUCACUACUGUAAAUUAACUUGCUUUUUUAUCUGCUGCUGAACAGUUUCUACUUUAUACCAGGUUUCUUAUGCAAUUUAGUCGUCAAGAUUGUGUAAAUCAAAACGAAAGCCCGUUAUCAUUAGGUCAUCACUUGUCCUCCACGCUGCACACUUACCACCAGAUUAAUGUCGGCCCAGCAAAUCUCUGUCAAUAGAUGUGAUUAUUUUCAACACUGUCAUUGAAUCACUGUUGCCUUUUGUUGGCUUCCUUCCUCACAGUUUGCUUAUUGUUUAGAGGGACAGGUUGAGAACUUUUUGAGAGACUUUUAAAGAAUUUUCAUAGUCUGUUUUUCUGAGAAACAGCCUCCUGUUAGCAUUUUCUUCUUAUGUUAGUAUAUGUCACAGAGGUAUAAGACCACAACUCUCAAACCUGCAUGACCCACUCAAACAGCUCUGUUAUCUAUUAUUGCCAGCUGUGGAUGUAUAAAUGGAAUGGCUUACUCAGUGAUUUGAGAGUUAUUGUUUUCUAACAUAAUGACUUACACUAGCAUAGCUAAUGCUAACAGAAGGUUUGUGCUAACUUCUCAGGAUCAAACUCUAUUAGGGUCUUGAUUAGCAAUCAGAAAGAUGAACUUCAGAUAUUCCUGACCCUGUCCUUUAACACGUGGCCCUCGUCAUCAGUGAAGAUGUCUAUUAAUUAUCACUGUCUUUUCACAAUGUUCUUAUAAAUCAUGGACAACCAAAAACAGUCUGUGAAAAUAACCUAAGCUGUGAUUAUUCCACGUGUGUACUGGUUAAGUGGCAUCUGAGCUUACCUCAAUUUAAAAAGAUAACAAAUUUGACAAGGUU